GGACAGAACUUUUCAGUCAUCUGUUUUGAGCAAGACUUCUUUAAAUCUGAGUGUUUCACACUGGCAGCAAAAUUGUUCUAUAGUUUUGGUUAUGAUGUUGGAAAAGUGUUCAUUCUGUAAAAAUGGGGAUUGUGUAAAGCCAAUAAAAGUUGAAAAGAAACCUGGAAAAACAGCUGCCAAGAUCCGAAUUGAAGAUGAUGGGAGCUAUUUUCAAAUCAAUCAGGAUGGAGGAGCACAAAAGCUUGAAAAGGCUAAAAUUACCCUGAAUGAUUGUUUAGCUUGUAGUGGCUGCAUCACAUCUGCAGAAAGCGUGUUAAUCACUCAGCAGAGCCAUGAAGAGCUCUACAAAGUGUUAAGUUCCAAUAAGACUGCAGCUCCUAAUCAACAGAAGCUAGUUAUAGUUUCGGUUUCACCACAAUCCAGAGCAUCACUAGCUGCAAGAUUUAAGAUGACGCCUCUAGAAACAGCAAAGAAAUUGACAGCAUUCUUAAAAAAUUUAGGUGUGCACUAUGUGUUUGAUACAACUUUCUCAAGAAACUUCAGUUUGCUGGAGAGCCAACGAGAGUUUGUACGACGCUUUCAAAGGCAAACUGAAGAUAAAAAGGCUUUGCCCAUGCUGGCCUCUGCCUGUCCAGGUUGGAUCUGCUAUGCGGAGAAAACUCAUGGAAGUUUUGUUAUUCCUUACAUUAGUACCACUAAGUCCCCACAGCAGGUCAUGGGCUCCUUGAUCAAGGGUCACUUUGCAAAACAGCAGCAUUUUUCACCUGACCAGACCUACCAUGUGACAGUAAUGCCCUGUUAUGACAAAAAACUGGAAGCUUCAAGACCAGACUUCUUCAGCCAAGAGUACCAAACUCGUGAGGUUGACUGUGUAAUUACUACGGGAGAAGUUCUACGCUUGUUGGAACAAAAGGGAGUCUCUCUGUCAGAUGUGGACGCGUCUCCUUUGGAUACCAUGUUUAGCAGCGUUUCAGAAGAGGAGCUCCUUGGCCAUUCUGGUGGCGGUUCUGGGGGCUAUUUGGAGCACAUAUACAAGUAUGCAGCAAAAGAACUGUUUGGGAUUCAAGUGGAUGAAGUUCAAUACAAACCUUUAAAAAACAAGGAUUUCCAGGAAGUGACACUGGAAAAGGAUGGCACAGUCCUGCUGCAGUUUGCCUUGGCUUAUGGAUUUCGAAACAUACAGAACUUAGUGCAAAAACUGAAACGAGGAAAAUCACCGUAUCACUAUGUUGAAGUCAUGGCUUGCCCAUCAGGCUGUUUAAAUGGAGGUGGUCAGAUCAGAGCAGAAGGUGACUCCAGCAAGGAUUUGCUUCAGCAAGUUGAGAAGUUGUAUGAAUCUGUUAAGACUGAAAUUCCAGAGAGGAACCGCACUGUAAAAGAACUGUAUGAACAGUGGCUGGGUGGUACAAACUCAGAAAAAGCUGGAACAACGUUGCACACGGCAUACCAUGCAGUGGAGAAAAUGAACUCUGGCUUUAAUAUCAAAUGGUGAAGAUGUAUAAUGCACUUGUAUUUCUACAGGGACUGUAAAGCUGUGAGACCAAGAGGUACACUUACUCAGUGCCCUUUUAAGUCAUCUGUCAUUUUAAAGUCCUCAAAAGCCAACAUGUGCACUGAAAUUCUAGGAUACCGUGACUGGAAGAACACGAUACAUAAAAAAUGUCCUGCAACUAAAAGAUAAUGUGUAUAUAUCCUGGUACUGCUAAUGAGUUCCUACAGCUUCUGAGGCUAUUUAAAUAAAAACAGAUGCUGACUUGGGAUGUGAAAUAUGUCUCAUUAAAAGAAGCAGUGUAUAUUAGCCACCACACCACCUUUAUGGCCCCAACCCUGCAUUCCUUUUCACACACACCCAGUCACACUGGAGUCAAUCAAUGCAUUUAAGGUACACAGAAUCCAGGACUGACUCGUGUCAACUGUGACAUUUGGAUGUUCUUGAUAAGUCAAAAUUUUACCAGUCCUGUACCUGAACAACACAUCUGCUAUAUUUUCACAGCAUGAAGUUUUAGGGCUGUGACUCUUAGGACCUCAUGUUCCAGUUAGAGUUGGGUUAACUGGCCCCUGGUAUUCCAUUUCCUGCUCCUGGAGUCUAGCUGUGACAUCUUUUCCUGUAUUUCAAGUAAGCUGAAGGUUUCAUAGGCAUGGAUGGAAGCAGCUUACAAGGGAGUGAGUGUUCUGUUUAAAACUUUUAUUACCUGCUGAACUCUGACCUGAAUGAAUGGGCAGAAAAACCUGUCACCAAAUAAUCUACAGCUGCCUAUGUGAAUUAGAGGGAUUAACAGAACAGCAGAGUCUACCUAAUAUCUCAGUAGCAGAGUUCACUAGUGGAUGCUACCUGACACUCAGAUGAAGCAAGUGAUCUUCAUACAGUAUGUUCCACAGAAGGGUUAAACAGGCACUUUUCUUUUCAUUUCUGAAUGACACACAGUACUCAGCAUAAUUAUGCUUCAGUUCUGAAUAGGGCCUCUGGCUGCUACUGUAAUACAAAUACUAAGACCAGAAUAUUAAGCCUGUGAGAUCAGAGAAGAAUCAAGGGCAGUAAUUUACCAGAAGGAAUAUCAUGGUAGUGAGUAUAAAGUCCCUCCAUAGUUAAUACAAAGCACCAACACAUCUUACGCAAAACUACUGCUCUACUUGUCUUGGAACACCUGGUCUCUGGUUUGUUUGGUUAGAAACAUGUACCUUAAAUGUGCUGCUCUUGCUUAUGGGCAUUCUGAGAACUCCUCAUGUUAAACAGGGUAAAGACCUUUUUAUUUCAUUUUUGCUCACUGUGAAUUUCUAAUUUCCUACUAAAUUUCUUUACUUAGUAUGGUCUAAGAAUUCUUCGACCCUCACUUAACAAUGGAUUAAGGGAUAUGGUCAGGUUUGAAAAGUUAAAAUACUCCCAGAUACUGUACCUGCCACGCUUUGUGGGUUUACAAUCACAUGUUCCCAUAUUUAAAAAUGCUUCUUCCCCACCCUGCUGGGUGUGAGACCCACAGAGCAAAAGGAAGGUAACUGACUAUAGAGAAAGUGCUGUGAAGUGUGCACAAUGUAGAAAUUCUCUUCCGGUGAAUCAUUUUACAUAUUACUUUCACCAAUAAUGUACAUGAUUUUAAGCUAUUGUCCCUUUAAGUCCCACACAAAACACAGCAGACCUUCCUGUCACUUUUUGGUUAAACCCUGACCAACAAAUUGGUUUCUUUUGAUAGCUUUUAAGCCGCAAACUACACUCCAAUCUAAGCCAUGCCUUGACAAGCUGUUAGAAAUCCUCCUUCAGGGAGGUUAGGCUCUGGGCCUACAAAUGCUUUAUGCAUCCAAGUAGUCCCAUUGAAGUCAAUAGCAGUACUCAGGUGCUUAAAUGUUAAGCAUGCAGAUUUGGAGGACAGGAGCUUUACAUUUUUUCUUUUUAAAAGAACAAAUGUUAUAUGCAAUUCAAAUUUUGUUCACUUACUGGGUUCGUUAAAGCAUUUUAUCUUUUGCAUGCCUGGGUUCCUGCCUUUCAAAUAAGAUGACAUAGGCCUAAUGCAGAAUAGGGAAAAUUAGAUAGCCGGAGAGAAAGAUACCAUUUCACUUAUCGUCUAGCAAAGCAGAAGUUGACUGGCCUUUUGGUAGGACUGAAUGUAUAAUAUUUGAAAAUCUCAAACUCCUCCACAUUUCAGAUCACUGAAGUAUUCAUGCUGACCUGUUUCUAUUUGUUAGUUUUGGUUCUAAACAGAGCAUCAGAUCAAACUAGCAACAGAUCUACCUCCAUCUUGUCUUUUACAACUUUGCUUUUGACAAUGAUUGCCUUUUAUACCUGUAAAAAAAAGUCUUGUUUUCUCUUGCUGCCUCACUUUUUAAAGUAAUCCAGUGUUUACCAAAAAUAAACCAUCAGUAACAUGCACGACUGUCAAAGUUAAAAAAAAAAUCAAAGCUUUAUUUAAAGUUGUCAUUACACUCUACUAGCGAGUACACAGUGCUCAUCUCGCAAGACUCUCACAUUGCUUUUCUCUCCUGUUUUGUAAGUAGGGGACUAGUUUCAAUGAAUAUUCUCAUGCGUAGUUUUACAGAUAGUAUUCCAUUAAAACGGUAGGUUUUAAUUACAGCAAGACACAUGAAUUCUAGUGUUAAAUGAUGAAAUUCUAAGUUUAGUACACAAGUGCUAUAACUUAACUCUGUACUAAAGUGCAAAACACCCAAGUUCUAUUUCUAUUUGAAAUGUGCAAUCCUCAUUAGGCAUAUACAAAUAAAAUGCUAAUUAGCUAGUGCAGUGUAAAAUUAACCCAUUAGUAAUCUGCAUUUUGUUUUGCUACCCAUUUACAAGAGCUAUAUUCUACACAUCAGUAAAACAAUCUUAGUUGUACAUUCAGUGGUUGUUCGCAUCAGUGUGACACGUUGGGCAGGUCUACACACAAGUUGUACUGUGCAAACCUAGUAUGGAGACAAUUAUAUCGGUUUAUUCUUAAAAACCCCACACUCCUAGCUCACAGUACAUAAAAGAAAAAUCAGGUCAACUAUAAUCCAGUGCUAAGAACUAUCAAGUUUAAUCAAAGCCGUGUGAAAAGUUUUACAAUAGACGUUUUAGUGGGCCCAAUCUGCCUUCCUUUGUGUUCUCAUUCACCUGUGUGAAGUAGGUGUAAAAUCACUGCCAUUUUAAUGGAGUAGUGCGUACAUCUACUGUUGCACUUUGGUGUGAACAGUAACUCAAGGUAGUGGAGAAUGAGGCCUGCUAUUUAAUAGUAAAAGCUAUGGAAUCAUGAAACGGAGCAACUUGCUCCCUAGAACUGCUCCAUCUAAUCCAGGCAUCGGCAUUUUCACAGCUGUUUACAGAGCUACUCUAGAUUUUCUUUCAAAGGAGACCACACUUAAUUCUAAAUAUUGUAAUAAACCGCUCUGGUGCCUUGCAAACUUAAGUACUAUACACAGUUUUCAGAUUUUAAAAAAGCUGCAGUAUUAUUUUUAACAAACUAAAAUUGGAAGGCUGACUUUUUAAAAAAAAAAAACUGAUAAUUUUUACUUCUAAAAUAAUAAUAAUAAAAAAAAAGGUGACGCAAACACAAGUUCUUCCAAAUUUCUUCCCCUUUCCACUAUUUUAAACAGGCAUGUGGGAGGGGAAGACUCUUUGAUGUUCUGUAGUGGGAGAAAAGCAGCAAAACAGAUGCUGCUUACUGACCCAAGGCCCUGAUGCUGCAGACAUGGAUGUGCUUAAUUUCAUGGAUGUGAGUAAUCCCCUAGUCAAUUGCAUAGAAUUAAAUGUGCAUAAGUCUGCACAGGCUUUUAACUGUGGUUCCUUAAUCUGCCUCUGCUGGUACAGGGAGUGCGUAUAAGCCUAUUUUCAAACUAGGAGACUAGGGGAGGUGAUCCAUCAGGCCUUAUGCACAAGCAACUCCCAGUGAAGUCUUACUUUGAAGGACCACAAGCCUGGGCUCCAAUUUAAAGCAUUUUGGGGGGUUAAUCUGUUCCCAUGCUAUGUCCCUAGUAAUUGUUUUGCAAAUCCUAUAACAUUUUUAUUUGGAAUUAUUAAAAACCAGGGUUUUUUUAAAAUGCUGCUUUUGACUUAAAGAUAUUCCUAAAUAUUAAGCAAAAAGACAAUUCCCCUCCAACCCACUCAUUCCAAUUACUCUGCUGCUAGUUUCACCAUGCUGUGAUUAAGAGUGAUACGUUUUUGCCUUAUACACUAUAAUUCUAUUACAUGAAACCUUUCCAACGUGUCAAGGUGGCAGGGGGCCAGUGUCGGCUCCUCGAAAAGAUGCACUGCUUUAUAUACUCUACUGAAUAUACAUGCAGCUGCCAGAUCACACUACAAGGGGCCCAUUCACUGCCCGUUUUGAUUUUCUGGAGACAAUUGUCUUCAGUUGUUAAGGGGAGGUUGGCACAGAAAUCAGCACUUUCAAGUUUCUCAGUUAUAGUUUGAGAGAGUCACUGUUGACAAGGACCGCCAAGGCUUAGUGCAAAAUAAGUGUUAUUUCUAAU